UUGUAACCUAGCGGAGCAGCGGCACAUAGCAAGCUGGCUCUAUAGUAGCUGUGUCUGUGAGUAAGAGGCGCAUCGCUGGAGCGUUAUCUGGAUAAAUGAAUUACAACCGAAAGCGUUUUAAACAGUAACCAAACUGAGGAAUCCGGAGACUCUUGGCCAGGAGGGACGCAAUGACAGAUGGUUGUUUUAGUCUCUUCUGGUUGGGUUGACUGGCCUUGGGGAUUGCAGUGAGUUGCCAGUGGAAGAUGUGUACGCCGGUGGACGGAUCCUGCUUGCUGUGUGUGAGCCUCUCUGGCCGCUCCUCCCUCCCUGCCCGGCUCUGAGAUGUUGUCAGGCAGUUGGCGGAAGGCUGCAGUCCCCCCAGCGGGCUCCAGGGGCAGCAGCGUGCUGGUGGAGGCUCAGUAUGACUACGAGUACCGCGCCACGGACGGCAAGAUGGUGUCGAUCCGCGAGGGCGAGCGUUUUGUGCUCCUGUGCAAGUCCACUGAGGACUGGUGGCAGGUGCGACGCCUGGGGGACCCCCCCAAAGCGAAGCCCUUCUAUGUGCCUGCUACCUACGUGACUGAGGUGGCUUCCACGGUCAAACUGGUGCCACGCACUACCCUCUCCCCCUGCUCACAGAGCCACUGCACAGGUUCUAAAGCAUUCUGCCGUUCCAUGGAGGAUCUGAACUCCAACAGCACGUUCCGUAGCGGUGGUGGGGCUCGCUUCCCCACCCUGCCCCUUCAAGACCCCCACACGGGGCACCAGGGGGGCUCCUUCCUGCUGCUCCCCUCAAGAAGCGAUGCCCCCAUAACUCGCAGCAGGAGCUCCAGCGUGCUGCCCCAGAACCCCUACCGGGAGGUGACGGAACAGGGGCCCUGCCAGCCCAAGCAGAAGUCCUACUCUCAGGGAGAUAUUCUAAAUGAAGAACCAUCACAGAAACACAUCCUGGAGCUGGUGACUCAGUCCUACAUCCCGCGCCAUUCCCUGCAGGAAUCCCCUCUCUACAGUAACCAGGAGAAGUUGAAACGCAUGCAGACCCUGCCUCCCAGCCCCACACAGCGCCCCCUGCAGGUCCUGGAUCUCUGGGAGCAGCACAUGGACCCUGCCUCAGGACGCUGCUUCUACGUGAACAGCGUGACCCGCGAGCGGUCCUGGAAACCGCCGCGCCGAGCCCGAGACAGAACAUCGGCCCGGAAUUCAUCUGAAGCCAGUCCAGGGAGCUACAUAUACAGUGUGCAUGAUGGCGACUCAGCCUGGGAACUGAUGCAGAAUAUCCAGCGCACUGCCUCCAUUGACGGGCUCAAUACAGCUCCUUUCAGUCCCAGCCAGGCCCAGAUCAGAAACAGCAGCAUUCUCCACAAUGCAGACAGACUCAGCCACGCCAGAUCCAUGAUCCUGACUGAGCUGAGCAACAAGGUGAUCCAUCACCGGCGCAAUAUGUCCUAUCACAUCCCGAGCAGAGGCAUGGAGUUGUCCUCUCCAAACGGCUCUGCUGACAGCUCUGAGAGCAGCACUCCAGAACUUGAAAAAUGUGGCUUGCUGAACAAAACCAAAAUAGCAGAAGGAGGGAGAAAGUUGAGGAAGAACUGGAACCCCUCCUGGGUGGUGCUGGUGGGAAACAGCUUGAUGUUCUUCAAGGAUCCCAAAUCACAGACCCUCCAGAGCUGGAAGCCGGGGAACAGUAAGCCGGAGAGCAGCGUGGAUCUGAGAGGAGCCCAGCUGCGCUGGGCCAACGACAUGUCCAGCAAGAAGAACGUCUUUCGACUCCGGACAGUGACGGGCAAUGAGUUUCUGCUGCAGUCUGACACAGACUCUGUGACCAGGGAGUGGUUCAACACCAUCCACGAUGUCAUCGAGAAGCUGGACCGGGAUAACCCUCUGGACAAUGUCCUGCUCUACUCUCUGCGCCGCUCAGGAAGCAUGGAGAUGCUUGAUGGGAGUGGAGACGAGGAGGAGGAGGAGGAAGAGGGGCGAUCGGGAAGGAAGUCCUCCUUGCCACGCUCGACCUCCAACGUAGAGAACUCUGAGAAGAAGAGAGUGAAGAGUCGCUUGAGAAAGCUGAUUCAGAAGAGGCCUCCCCUGCAGACGCUGCAAGAGAAGGGGCUUAUUAAAGAUCAAGUGUUCGGCUGUCGCCUGGAUGCUCUGUGCGAGCGGGAAAAGACCACGGUGCCCAAGUUUGUGCGUCUGUGCGUCGAGGCUGUGGAGAGGAGAGGCCUCGAGACAGAUGGCAUCUAUCGAGUGAGUGGAAAUCUGUCCGUCAUUCAGAGACUGAGGUUCAUCGUCGAUCACGAGAGAGCCGUGACAACCGAUGGCCGUUAUUUAUUCCCUGAAGAGCUGGUUCAAGAGGAGAAGCUGAACCUGGAUCACAGUCAGUGGGAGGAUAUCCACGUCAUCACUGGGGCUCUCAAGUUGUUUUUCCGGGAGCUGCCUGAGCCCCUGGUCCCCUACAGCUUCUUUGACGAGUUUGUGGAGACUGUCAAAAUGUCUGACAACGCAGAGAAAGUGGCCAAGCUGAAACUGUUGGUGGAGAAUCUGCCCCCGGCUAACCAUGAUACCAUGAAGUACAUGUUCAGACACCUCAAAAGGGUGAAUGAGCGAUCGGAUUUGAACCGCAUGUCCCCUCAAAACAUCAGCAUUGUCUUCGGUCCCACCCUGAUGAGACCCGAAAAGGAUUUCGCCAACAUCGCCAUCAACAUGGUCUACCAGAACCAGGUGGUGGAGGACAUCCUGAGCGAAUGUGACACCAUCUUCGGGCAGGGCAGAGACUACCUCUGACCUUCCACAAGCUUACCUGAACACUGCACUCGACUGAGCCAGGGGGCAUCUGAAACUGCUUCAAAAGAAUCUAUUCACCAACGACCAGAGGCAUCAGAAACACAGCGGCUAUACUAUUGGGGUACCCAUCCCAAUACUGUCGGGUGGUGGGGGAGAAAUACCUCAAUGGAUUUCUUUGGGAGGAAAACUCCUGAUCUUUAUUGUGUAAUGUAUAUAAAGGCUACAUCUUCCUUUGUCAGGAUGGGCAAGACUUUACUGUAUGGGUGGAUGCUAUCCCAGACUGCCAUUCUGAAGACUUUGCUACAAUACAAUUUACCUGAGGGAAUAAUAAGCUGAUAAUCCAUUGAGGGAAUUGUCAUGCAUUCCUCCAGAACUCUUGUCACGUCGAAUCAGUGCCAUCCUAGCUGUGGUCCUACAUUCUAUUGACAGUGUUAUCCAGCUCCUGUAUGGUACUAUAUUUAAAUGUUACUAAUUCCUCUGGAUGUUGGUUGGCGCUUUUUUUGUUAAAAACAAAUUAACUUUUGAACUGAGUUAAUAAGACGUCAAAAAAUGCCAAUGAAGGCUGCUUUGUAGUCAUUUCUGCCACUGAAUUUUUAUUUAUUUUCCCCCCCCAGAGGCAACCUACAUUUUAUUUUAAAGAAAAGCUACUUGACUUUUAGAAACAGAACAAGCAUAUAGACUCUUGUUUAUAACCCUGAUUCAUCUAUUUUCAGUACGCUGCAGCCCUAUUCUGUUGAACAGGAUGAUGAAGACCCCAGCAAUUUUAUAAGUUGCUAACAAUAUAGUCAGGACACUGGUGGAAUGAAAAUUAAGUAAAUACUUGCUUAUACCUAUUUCUUUGAAGCACUGGAGAAUACAGCAUCUCUUACUGUAGACAAUUAUAUUUUUUUGUAUUAUGAAUUGUGUGGCAUUAGUUUGCCAGUAUUGCAAAGUCUGUUUUUGCAUGCUUUGGUCUUUGCUAAGGAAGGAACGCAGGCUUCAUGACCAGGCUGUUACACCUGGAAUAUUGUCCAGCAUGUAUCAAGUAUCCUUUUAAACCAAUGCUAAUCAAGCAUUUUGAAUCUCAUUGUCUUGCCUCGUAUGAGCUCCAUUGUCACUUAUUCCUGUGUUCUGAUUGGCUGCUGGCAUUCCAAAGCCAUACGGGUACAAGCAGCGGUUCAGACCUCUCUUCAUGUCAUGCAUUAAGAUCAUAGUGCAUCUUGGUCAACAGGUUUUUAAAGUGAAAUUCACCACCAGUACAGAGCUUCAGGCCACAGAUAUAAAUCUUUUCUCCUAAUUAUUCGUCCGUCUAACGCUUAAGAAAAUAAACAAUCAUACACGUUUUAAAUGUCAAUCAAUCUCCUUCUCGGGUGGUACAAUUUGGCCACACUCCUUCACUCGUGGAGAGAAGAGUGAGCUUGACCUGCAUAACAGGAAGUAGUGUUGAAGCACCCGCAUGCAACUUUUAAAACCAUUUUCCAAACCAUUUUCAGGUGUUGCUUAGCACUCCUAGAAUCACAUGCUACAGUGCCCAUACAUUCCAAUAUGAAGUUCUACUGAACAUUUACAAUUAGUUUCAAUUGUGUCAUAAAACAAAGUUCCCAGCAGGGAAAAGCACCUUGCAUUCAGUAUUGACGGUAAAUAAAAUCAUAAAGGAAGUGACUAACAAUAUUAACACAACAAUAAUUGUUUUGAGUAGGGGUGUAUCACUGAUGGGCAGUAAAUAUUGGUCAGUAACAUUGUCUGUAUCCGGUCCGCAGUGUGGUGUUCCAGUUCCCCCGAGCUAGCUGCAAAAUCUGCCAAUUAAAAAUCUAGACCAUAUUCCAAACAAUUUGCACGCGCAAGGAAAAGCCUAAUGAAGUGUCGUCCUUCCUUAUUCUUGGAAAUGGCUAACCCCAGUGUCGUUCUCCUGCAAUGACAAAGUAAAUGGCUGUAUUGCUUUUAUUGGGAUCAGGAGGUAAAUAUUGACCCUGCGUUAUCUCUACUGUCACAGAUCUCCAAGAAUCUGCUGGAUGAAAACACACACUUUUUGUUUACACAGUUGAAUUCUAAUAUGCCACGUGAAGCUAUGAAUAUAAAAAUGUAGGCUAGCUACAGCUGUCAGAAUAAUUUCUGGUGCCACUGUAUAAUUACCACAUUCUCAGGGUGUUUUUCACCUUACUGUUUCUUUGCUUAUUAAAUUUAAUAUUCACUUAGUCUGUAAAUAGUGAUUGAUUUUAACUGUAUAGUGUUUUUUACAUGCAAAUACCUAUCUAAAAAGCGUGCUUUACUUUUUAAACCUUUUUAUUAUUUUUUUUAGGCUAGUUCUUUUUGUUUUGAACAGUAUCGGCCAAAACAAAAAUGCAUUUGGAGAAUUAUGAUUUUUUUUUUUUUUUUUAAAGAACCCAAAAGGCAGCUAUAGCUGGUUAACCAAGUCAAAAGUGAAUUACUGGUGACCUAAACUCUUUUGAUGGUCUGAACAGACCUCAUUUCUGAAUGCAGUAAUGGUAAUAAGAGGCAUAAUAUAGGAAUAAAGAGCGGUGAUAUAUGGAUCCGCCACUGUUUAGAUCAUUAAAAUUGAUCACCUAGACUAUAAAGGUUUUCAGUUCAACACUUACUAAGAGUCAACUUAACGUUCUUUCUCUGCAACUAGCAAACUGAUUAAAAAAAAACUUUAGGAAAGAUUACAUGAACGUAUGUUUUGAGAUGCAUGUAACUUCAGAAAUUCUUUUUUUGAUAAUGAUAAUGGCAAACACAGUGCAUGUUCCAGAACCCUUGCGGCUUCGUAACUUUAUAUUGUGGGUUGGCUGAAGGGGAAGAAUAUAUACAUAUAUAUAUUUAUUUUAUUUUUUCCCCCAAAAAAAAAUUUCUGGAGAGCAUUUUGCGUUUGCGAAGUCACGAGUUCAUCAAAUGGAAAAUAUAUGCUUUUUGUUCGGUUAACUAAUCGAGAUAUCUCGCAAUUAAAAUGUCUGUAGAAAGUUAGACCGCUGACGCCACCACUGAAGCACAGCUUGUGUUUAAUUUGGUUGUAAAUAACCAUUAUGCCGAUGUCUGUUUUCCAAUGAAAUGUGGAGAAGAUUUUUUUUUUUUGUAGUUUUGGGGGGAUUUCCUACUGCAUUUAAAAACAAUAAAUUAUUCUUGAAUUAAA